AUGCCUCAUGGAACUCAAAUAUGUAGUAGUGGUGUGCAAUCAAAUGAUCAAGAACGUGAAACACCACAAUCUUGCACUCAAGGUAGCUUAGAAACUACUAACCUUAGUGAAGAAGUUGCACCUGCACCGGUUGUGAAUACGCAUAAACAAAGGUUCCAACAAAGAGAGGAUGAAGUUCUCAUUCAAACAUGGCUCAACGUUUCAAAGGAUUCAAUUGUCGGGGUUGAUAAAAAAGGAGAUAGUUUUUGGAAGAGGAUCGGCGAAGCUUACAACAAGCAUCGUGACAUUAAUUAUAAAGAAAGGAAACCGGCGCAACUAAAAGGGCGAUGGCACAAAAUUAAUCCAUUUGUUCAAAAGUUUGUUGGAUGCUACAAACAAGCCGUGUCUACACAACAAAGUGAGAGUUCUGAGAGCAAUAUCAUGCAAGCUGCAUAUAAAAUCUAUUUCCAAGAUGAAGGUGAAAAGUUUACAUUUGAGGCUGCAUGGAGAUUAUUGAAAGAUGAACCUAAAUGGAUUGCAGGUUCAUCCGAAGCUUCUACAAAAAGAAGAAAGAAUCCGACUUCAGGAGCAUAUUCUUCGCCUUCUAAUCCAUUAACACCAACAAGCACUGAAUACGGUCUAUCAUCACCUACUUUUUCAGGUCGUCCAAUCGGUCAAAAGGCAACCAAAAGGAAGGAGAAAGAAAAGCUUGUGGAAAUGUCUUCUACAUCCAAUGUCAAAUAUGGUUCUUUGAAAGAUAACUUAAAAAUGAAAAUUGAUCUGAUGUCAAUGUUUGCACAGGACUAUGCACACAUUGAGGGUGAAAAACUUGAGAUAGAGAGAAAAAAGGUUGAUGCAAAGAUUAAGAAGGCUGAGAUUGCUGAGGAAAGAUUAAAGAUGAAUGAUCUACAAAUACUCUCAAAAGAUACAUCAAAUAUGGAUGCAAGACAACUACAAGCUCAUGAAAUAUUAUGCGACAUGAUUAUAGAAAAAUAUGGAAUUAAUUAG